CAAAACUGUAAAAACAGGCAGCACCCACGUUACCUGCCCCUCACCAACACGACAACUCCAUCUCCAAAAACCUUCGUCAAUCCCACCCUGCAAAACAAACACCACCGCCACCCUCCACUACCUUUCCAUUUCCAAUUUUCCAUCAAUCCAUGACACUCCAACUGAUUCAAGAACUUCACCAAAUCCAAAUCCCCAAACCAUGACACAAAAAUCCCACACAACCCAUCAUGGGUUCUUCUCUCUUCUUCCCUUCUUCCUCCUCAACUUCGCUGGAUCCGCAUCCGGGUUCGGAUCCAUGGGCUCCAUCGCCGCCGCAUUCGGGGAUUCCGGCUUCUUCUGCGCCAUCGACGCCAGCGGCAAGCAAGCCGUCAUCUGCUGGGGCCAAAAUACCACCACCGCCUCUUCUCCAUCCACUCCCUCUUCCAGUCAAAAUCCAUCUCUCCAAAUCCCGCCAAUGGCUGCUCUUGCAGGCGGCGACGGGUUUCUAUGCGGCAUUUUGUCGAAUAAUUCGCAGCCUUACUGCUGGAACUCCAACGGCUCAAGCACCGAUCUUGUCCCUCCACCUUUCGUCACCACCGCUUAUUCCCACAUCGCUGCAGGUAAGAAUCACGUCUGUGCUGUCAGGGGAUCGUAUUACUCGGCUAGCAAUUCUGGGACAGUUGAUUGUUGGGACAUUGUUCUGAAAUCAGAUGAUAGUUCAAAACAGAGUAUCCUGUUUAGUUUGACUUCAAAACAGAGUACUCUGUUUUACAAUCCCAAUGUCAGUACACUUGCUUUCACCAAUGUUGUUUCUGGUGAUGGGUUUAGUUGUGGUGGUGCUAGUCAAGGUGGGUUAGUUUGUUGGGGCCCGAACUCGACAGCAUUGGGAAUUUCCAGUGUGUCGGAUAAUUUUGUGGCCUUAGCCUCUGGUUUAGGUUCUGUUUGUGGUAUUUCUCAAGUUUCUAGACAGGUGAAAUGUUGGGGCAAUUCAAGUUCCUUUCUUCCUAUUCCAGUUGGGACUCGGUUCGUGUCGCUGGCUGCCGGUGCUAAACAUUAUUGUGGGAUCCGAGAGGAUGAUCAUGGGGUUGAGUGUUGGGGGAGUUUUGACCCCUCUUCGAUCCCAAAGGGUUCCGGGUUCUUCACAAUUGCUUCGUCUCGUUUUGUUACCUGUGGCAUCAGGGAAGUUGACUUGGUUCUUGAUUGUUGGUUUACCAAUGCUUCAUUACCUCAUGAUUAUGAUCCUCCAUUGGAGUUAUGUAGUCCUGGUCUAUGUACUCCAAGAACUUGUGUAAUUGGAGAAUUCACAUUCAAUGCUAGCAUUCUUAAUGAACCGGAUCUAGAAACUUUGUGUGUUAGAAGAGAACUAAAUAUCUGUUUGCCUUGCGCUUUAAAUUGUUCUGAAGGGCAAUUCCCUUCUAGUUCUUGUACCGCUAAUGCAGAUAGAGUAUGCACAGCUUGUUCUCUUUGCCAGAACAGUUCUUGUUUGGAUGUCUGUAAGCUUCAAUCAUCGGCAGAAAUGGAGCAGAAGCAUGACCGUCAGUUACAAAGACUAGUGCUCAUUCUUGUGUCUUCGGUUUUGGGUAUCACGUUGAUUGUGAUCGCGUGUUGUCUCUUACCGGAUAUAAUUUCCAGAAAAAAUGCCGAGGGUAAGAAACAAUUUGCAUCGUGCAUUGGGAAAGAUGAUUUGCAAAAGGAUGCGAUUACCGAUUCAAGUCCUCCAGUUCCUUCAACCCUAUCUCUUGGAAUCGCUCAAGUUUUCAGACUCUCGGAGCUAAAGGAUGCCACUAAUGGAUUCAAAGAGUUCAAUGAGCUAGGGAGGGGAAGCUACGGUUUCGUAUACAAAGCCAUACUCGCGGAUGGUAGGCAAGUGGCUGUAAAGAGGGCAAAUGCAGCUACGAUAAUACGCACCAAUAACCGCGACUUCGAAAUAGAGUUGGAAAUCCUAUGCAAUGUCCGUCAUAGCCAUAUCGUUAACCUUUUGGGUUACUGUGCGGAGAUGGGGGAAAGGUUGCUUGUCUAUGAGUUCAUGCCCCACGGGACUCUUCACGAUCACCUCCAUGGGGGACUUUCUCCACUUAAUUGGAGCCUAAGGUUGAAGAUUGCAAUGCAAGCUGCAAAGGGACUUCAGUACCUUCACGGUGAAGUUGUGCCUCCUAUUGUCCAUCGCGAUGUCAAGUGUUCAAAUAUUCUCUUGGAUGGUGAAUUGGGUGCACGGAUUGCAGAUUUUGGGCUUCUUACUCCAAAUGACAGGGAUAUUAACGGAGCAAUGAAAGAGGACGUUUACAACUUUGGGAUUGUACUGCUUGAGAUUCUUAGCGGGAGGAAAACGUACGACAGAGAUUCCACACCCCAAAGUAUUGUUGACUGGGCUUUGCCCUUUAUGAAAAAUUGUAAGGCGGCUGCUCUUAUUGAUCGGUACGUGGCUCUUCCGAGAAAUGUCGAACCUCUACUUAGACUUGCUGAAAUAGCAGAGCUCGCACUGAGGGAAAAUCCUAGUGAGCGUCCUACUAUGUCAGAUGUGGCAGGUUCUUUGGAGCAAAUUGUCAAGGACGGAUUGGUUUUGUAGUUUCAUGAUUGAAUUCUUCUAUAUUGCUUGGAAUUGAAUUGUUCAAAAAAGGAAAACAAAGGAAAGGAGCUUGAGGUGAGUGCUACUGCUGAUAUCCUGCAUUUGUACAUUUGUUAUGAGCUUCUUGUAGAUUAUGUGCUUUACUCACCCAAAACCCAACCAAAUCACAUCUGUUAUAAGCUUCUUGUAGAUUAUGUACAUUUGUUUUGAGCUUUUUCGGCUUUUCACUCUUGUUACAACGUAAAUGAGGUUAAAAGGUCUUGUGCCAGCCUAUAUCUGUGAUUCUUUUAUGAUUUAUACAGUAAUAUCAGUCUUUUAACUGUUGAGAAUCAGCUAUGCUUUCUUGUAUUUAAGGAAAAAUACUUUCUAGUCAUGAUUAUUAUGUAGAGACAUUUGCCAAGGGGAGAAUCUCUUGUUAACUAGUUC